AUGCUAGACAAUGGAUCAGCGGUAGCAGUAGGAUGCGCAGUAGGUAUACCUGUCGGUGUGGGUUGUGCAAUUGGCUUGUUCUUUUGGCUGCGUUUCCAGAAAAGACUUAAAAGAGAAGAAAGCGAGGACCUUGAUCUACAGAAAGCGAUUUACGAUGAUGAAGGGUUCAUCAGUUUCAACAAUUUAUCAUCAAUGCAAUACAAAAAUGAUGACAAGUUUAACUCUAACGAUGAAAUAACACAAAGUUACAACAAUUCCACAACUAGUCUAAACACAGAUACAAAAGAGAAAAGGAAGAGUAAACAUUUCGUUCCAGCCUAUAGAAGAAAAAUAAAUAGUAUUAGUAGAAGAUCAAGAUUGGAUGAUCCAUCUAUACUAUACGAAAACAAUGGUUCAAAAACUUCUAUAGUACAACAGCCGAGUCUUUAUGAACAAAUGAUUCCGGUUAUUCAGGACGAUAACUUAUUUUUCAAUAAUAACGAUAAUAACAAUAAUGAUAAUAGUAAUAAUAAUAAUGCUAACAAUAAUACAAAUAUAAAUACCGAUCAAACAAGAAGUCUGGACUUAAACUCAAAUCAUCAUAGAGCGAAUGGGAUUUUGGCUAAUGAGAAAGUCAAUACACCUUACGCUUCUAAUCUGCUGAAUUUUUUCAAGACAGAUUCUAGCAUAUCCGUCAUCGAAUCAAUAGACGGAUCAAAUACUAAUAAUGAUACAAAACAUUCUACGCAGUUAGAAUUAGUAAAUAAACUACAAAAUGGGGGAAGUGACUUAGCUACGUUCUACCCAAGAAGAUUAUCGUCGCCAAGUACAACAAACAAUGGUGCGUUUGGAACUAGUUAUAUUCAAACAAAUAAUUCCCAGAAUUCUAUACAUACAAGAUCUUCAUCAAUGAACUCAUUCAUUAAACCAGCACCCAUCGACAAUAUUUUUUCAACGCCAACAAAAUCUGUCAAAUCGGUUACCAACCAGGAUAAUUAUCAAUUAAAAAAUAACUACGAUAUAGAGAAUGCAAAUGAAAUUGAAGAAGAAGAUCAAUAUGAAAAUGACUAUACUAACUAUUCAAAAAACAGGAGUGACUUCAUUGAUUCACUAAGACCUAAGAAUACUUAA